CCGGAGAAAACCGAGGGCAGUUGACGGGAUGUAAACAUGGCGAAUCGCACGGUUAAGGACGCGAAGUCCAUUCGGGGGACUAAUCCUCAAUAUUUAGUGGAAAAAAUCAUACGAUCGCGAAUUUAUGAUUCGAAAUACUGGAAGGAGGAGUGUUUCGCUUUGACUGCAGAGUUAUUAGUUGAUAAGGCCAUGGAGUUGAGAUACAUUGGCGGAGUUUUUGGCGGAAAUGUCAAGCCCACACCCUUCGUAUGCCUCAUUCUCAAGAUGUUGCAAAUUCAGCCGGAGAAAGACAUCAUAGUAGAGUUCAUAAAGAACGAGGAAUUCAAGUACGUGCGUGCCCUCGGUGCCCUUUACAUGAGGCUCACAGGAACAUCACUGGAUUGUUACAAGUACUUGGAGCCCUUGUUCAACGACAAUCGAAAAUUACGUCAGCAGAAUAAACAGGGACAGUUUGAGCUCAUCCACAUGGACGAAUUCAUCGACCAUCUGUUGAGGGAAGAGAGAAGUUGCGAUAUAAUUCUUCCGAGAAUCCAGAAGAGGCACGUUCUAGAGGAGAACAACGAGCUGGAGGGGAAAGUAUCAGCCCUCGAGGACGAUAUGGACGAUGGAAUGGAGACUUCGGAGGACGAGGAGAUACCACCUUCCAAAGAAGAAAAUCGAAAACGUGGGGAUGAUUACGAGAGGGAUCUGAAACGUCACAGGGAUCGUGAUAAGAGACAUUCUAGGUCCGAGAAAAAAUCUGAACGAGAGAAGGCCAGGUCCAGGAGUCGAGAGAGGGAUAGGGACCGCAGGGAGAGGAAAAGAAGUAAAUCACCCAGGUCUUAUUCGUCUCAUAAAGACAAGGAGAGAGAUAAGGACCGACACAGGAGGGAUGACAGGGAAAAAGAGAGGGAGAAAGAGAGGAGACGCGAUCGUGAUCGUAAUAGGCAUUGAAUUUACUGAAUUUAUAACUGAUGCCAUUUUUUAAAUUUUCAUCACUGUAAAUAACUGAAUUAUUAUUCUGGAUGUGGUACAACCGUACAUUAAUAAAAAUUUUCAUUGAUUUAUUGCA